CUGACUCAAAGUCGAAUGCCAAAGCAUCUCUAACUUUCCCCUAAUUACAUUUCAUUAAACAACUUUACCCAUUUGCAUCGGACGCAAACACCCUCUCUGACGAAAUCAAGAUGGACUUGCUGGCACGACAAUACAUAUCAUUCAACGCAGCAGGAACACAGCAGAGCUCAAAGACUUUCUCGAGGAUGUUAUUUUUGGAUGAUCCAUUUGACGGCCGCGGCACUUUAGGAGGAUGACCCACGCAAUUACUUAACUUUCGGAAAAUUAGUGAAGUUCUGCCUCCCAACUCUAGAUACUCGGCUGGGUCUUAUGCUGACUCAUAGUAAAUUUGUUGCUCUUGCGAGACAUGGUGAGCUCGUAUAUGUUUUCAUUUUUUCAAAACGAUAUUUUGGGACAUUUUCUGUCGAACGACUCUGCGAGGCGGUUUGAAAAUUCCACCCAAGUUUUCUUCGUGCGUGGCGCGUGUAGGAUUUCUUAGCCGGAAAAAAACGUUUGAACUUUAUUUUACUUAAACAAAUUUAUUGAUAUAAUAAACACAAGAUUGUUGUCGUUAUUAAUUAAAAAAAUAAAAUAAUAAAAAUAAAUUAAAAGCGUGCAAUAUGUUCAAAGUAUCUCAAGAUAUUUAUCUAAACGCCAGUGAUUCGGCAAAUCAUAGUAAAGUGUUUGGGAAGUAUCAAAAGGCGCCAGAUGAUGAUACAUACAAGCUAAACGAAAACAGUGUAUUUGUAUCUCCUGAGCUCACAGAAGUCGACAAAAUUCAAAUUCUCCAUUUCCCAGAAGACGCUGUUGCAGUAAAUGAAUUUGUUGAUUUUGUCAUUAAGAGGAAUGGUGUUAGGGGAAACUUCGAGGUUAAAUUCGAAACACCUUCAGGCAUUGUGACAAAAAUACCAUUGAUAAACUUGGAUCCAGAGCGAAUAGGCGUUCGAUUGAAUCCCGCUUUUGAAGGACUCUAUAAAGUUCAUAUUACUUGCAACACAGUCAAACUUAUGGGAUCACCGUAUUUCUUGGUUGCACAGAUUACAAAUGAAGAAGCAGGCAAUCAAACGAAAUUACCAACUUUCCAAUCAGAUCCCACGAAAAUAACCCAUCGUGGCGAGGGGUUGCAACGGAUUGUCCUUAAUGAAAAGAAUGAAUUUAUCGUGGAUGCCUCCAGUGCCGGAAACAACAUUCUUCUCGUUGGAAUUUGUGGUCCCAAAGGACAAUGUGACGAAGUUUCAAUAAAGCAUAUGGGACGAAACGUCUAUGACGUGACCUACCGUGUGCAGGAUCCAGGACAGUAUGUUAUAGCGGCGAAAUGGGGUGAAGACCAUAUUCCUGGUUCCCCAUUUACAUUGGGAACACUGUGAUACAUUUGGGUACCUUUUCGGAAUUCUAAUUUAAUUUCGAUAUCUUAUAGAAUUUAAGUGAAUUUAUUUUGAAUAAUUAGAUUUAUUGACUUAUUCCAUUGUGUUUCAUAGUUUAAUAAAUGUUUGAUGCAAGUAGU